AUGGUUUUGGCUGUAUCGGAUACGCGUGUUAACAAAUACCGAUACAAUCCCAUUAUGAAUUCGAGAUUGCCGGUUCAAGAGCAGACAGACGGGAAAGACCUGAAAAUCAACAAAUAUUCUGCUUUAUGCUUUCCAGUCGGGAUCCUGGUCUUUCGAAUCCAAGGUCAAAGCGCUGGGCACUCGAGGGCUUUACUUUCUGUCUUAUCAUCAGAUAACAAGGGUCAACACUCGUAUUCCGAUCACGCAGGCUGGAAUUACAUGCUGAAAGCGGUCAUGUCAAAUAACACAACCGUAACGUUGGGAGCACUGUGGCUUGAAACGACUUCACCAACGUGCAUCACCGGAUCGGGGAAACAGGCUGAGAAACCCGCCGGGAAGGUUGCAUUGACCUUCCUGGUCGCCGCUGUCACUUUACGGGAAUUUUCACUUGGGCAUGAAGACUGGACCCAAGCUCCAUUUCCAAGCUCAUGUUAUUGGUCAAUCUUCCCACUUUCCGUGGCUGAUAUUGCGCACGCCCCGAUCAACCAAAUUGAGACGAACCAAUCCCUACCGAGUUGCAAGGACUCCAGUCCUGGGAUAUGGCACAUGUUGAAGAAGGAAAACGCUGGCCGGAUCCUGCUCCGUCGAGUCAAACUUCCACAUCAUCUUUUGAUUCUUGAGUGUGCCAAAACAAGAGGGUUUUCAACUAGCCCGGAGAGGAAGCUAGCAAGCUUGGGCGCUGCGGGACGGAAAUGUUUACCAGCCCGAAUCCUUCGCUAG